CUAAACUCUGUAUUGAAAACCAGUCUAACACGCGUUCCUGGUAACGUAAACACAGUACCUGUAGGUCGAUCAAAUUUGAAGAAACAAUUUCAAGGUGAAUUUGUGAUAUCGAAGAUACAAUAUGGAAGGAGCGAAGAAGCGACGUCACGAUGUUGCACCUAGUCCGCCAGUGAUGUCUCAGACUCAAGAUGUACAACAGGAGUCAGCAAUUGAUUCACCUGCCUUUCAACCAGUAAAAAUGGCAACCAAAGAAUCCGAAUCUAAAGUCCAGUCCGGAUUUGUUGACAACUGGCAGAAAGGAAAGUCAGUCAUAGAGAGUCUCAGAUAUUCACUGGAGGAACAGAUCCUGUGUGACGUCACCUUCAUUGUGGGAGAAAACCGGAAGCGGAUACAGGCUCACAGGUUCAUACUGAGUCUGCGCAGCUGUGUAUUCAUGGCGAUGCUGACCGGACCUCUAGCAGAACAGGAUGAAAUUGAAAUCCCAGAUAUCGAUUCUGAUACAUUUGAACAGGUUUUACAGUAA